AUGAAGCUUCUGACUAAGGAAGAAGAGGCUGCUCACUACAGCUCUGUCGUCCGCGGCGGCACUUUCGGCUGCCUGGUCGGUCUAGUAGGUGGUGCAGCUGGUGUCCUCCUCGCUGCCCGACGAUUCCACACCAUCCGCAAUCUGACAGUUCCGAUGAAGGCCUUCUUGGUUACAUCAUCCGGAACCUUCAUCGGAAUCAUCGCGGCCGACCACGCCUCGCGCGACUUCGAAGCCCAGCACAACGCCACGAAGCAAUGGUAUGAGAACCGCGAAGAGCGCCUGCGCGCUGAGGAAUCUCGCACCCUGAGCAUGACCGACCGCAUCGUCGCCUUCGCCCGUCGCGAAAAGUACAAGAUCGUCACUGCUACCUGGAUUGCCUCCAUGGUUGGCUCAUUCGCCCUCGUCGGUCGCAAUCCUUAUCUCUCUGGUCAGCAGAAGAUUGUUCAGGCCCGUGUGUAUGCGCAGGGUCUGACACUCGGUGUCUUCUGCGCAUCGGCUGCCUUUGAGAUGUCCGAUCGCCGUCGUGGUCAGGGCCUGAUUGAGGCUGCUAAGAAGAACAAGGAGCAGGCAAAGAGUGAUGCUGCUGAGCCUCAACCCGUGCACAACAAGAACCAGGAAGAGGGUGACCUGUGGAAGGAAAUGGUUGCUGCCGAGGAGCAACGCCUGCAGUCGAAGCACCAAUCCUUGUACCAGAAGCACGAAGAGGCCCAUGCUAAGGCCAGCAAGGAAGCCGGCGAAAAGAAAGAGUCUGAGUCUGAGCCUGAGUCCGAUUCUGAAUCCAAGCCUGAGGAGGAAAGCAAGGAGCAAGAAAAGGCCCCGGAGUCCAAGGCCAAGGGCACUAAGAAGCACACUUAA